AUGUGGGGCUGUGACACGCCCAACGGGACGGCAGGUGGCAUGGACCUGCCGCUCUGCCGGGACCUGCCGCUGGCCCUGUGGGUGCUGUCGCUGCUCUACUUGCUGGUGGGCCUCCCACUGGGCCUGGGCUACAAUGCGCUGCUGGUGCUGGCCAACGUGCACAGCCGCCAUACAAUGAGUAUGCCUGACGUCUACUUCGUCAACAUGGCUACGGCCGGGCUACUCCUUGGCGCCCUGGCGCCCGCCUACCUGCUGGGGCCGGCACACCCGCGCUGGGCACUGUGGCGGCUGAGCACCGAGGCCCAGGUCGCGCUGCUGACCCUGUUCCACGUGUGUGCCCUGGUGACCAUGUACUCUGCUGCGCUGCUCAGCCUGGACUGCUACAUUGAGCGGGCGCUGCCACGCACCUACAUGUCCAGCGUGUACAACACACGGCACGUGUGUGGCUUCGUCUGGGGCGGUGCCCUGCUCACCAGCUUCUCCUCCCUGCUCUUCCACAUCUGCAGCCACGUGUCCUCGCGGCUCGCCGAGUGCGCCGAGAUGCGCAGCACGGAGGCUGCCGAUGCCAUCAUGGUGCUUGUAGGCUACGUGGUGCCCACCUUGGCUGCCCUCUAUGCACUAAUGCUCAUCGCCCGGCUGCACAAGGAGGACUCACCGCUCAGCCUUGGCGACGCGGGCAGGCUGGACCCGUCUGCACACCGCUUGCUAGGGGUCACUGUGGGUACGCAACUUGCACUCUGGACGCCGUACUACCUGACCCUCUUGGGGCAGGUGCUCAUGAGCACGCGGGGGCGGCCCGCAGAGGGGGGGCGCGACGUGGGGGCCUUGCCCCUCGCCCAGGACCUCGCCCGGCUGUUGGCCUUCUGCAGUGGCUCAGUAACACCCCUGCUCUACCGCCACAUGGACAGGAGCUUCGCCAGCAAGCUCCAGCGGCUGGCCAAGAGAGUGAGGUGCGGGCCGCGGCGCUGCACCCAGGACCAGGGGGCUGUGCAGCAGGAGGGGGACAGGCUGUGA